AUGUGGGCACGGUCCUCAACAACCGGGCGUUGUUGCUGGCUAAUCAGGCCUGUGUCAAGACCUCGCAUCACACUCCCCUCCGUUGCACACGCCAUGGCAGACGCAGCAUCCACCACGCCCUUGCCUCCGGUACCUACGGCGCCGAUGGCGUCGGGCAUCCCUUCCAACGCGAAUGAGGGGUGUGUGGGUCCGGCUGCCGAGGAAGCAGGCAAAGCCGCAGGCUGCGCUGGCUGCCCCAACAAGACGGCGUGCGCCUCCGGGAAAGGUCGAGAGGUCGACCCAGCGGUGGCCGAGGUGGCGGAGAGGCUAUCGAGCGUGAAGCACGUCGUCCUGGUCUUGUCCGGGAAGGGGGGGGUCGGAAAGAGCACCGUCUCAUGCCAGCUGGCGUUUUCUCUGGCCGCUCAGGGAAAGCAGGUGGGCUUGCUGGAUAUCGACAUCUGCGGCCCCAGUGUUCCCCGCAUGCUUGGUCUCACGGGGAGGGAGGUCCACCAGAGCUCGUCUGGGUGGUCGCCGGUGUGGGUGACGGACGGGCUUGGGGUGAUGUCGAUCGGCUUCAUGCUCCCACAGCAGGACAACGCGGUUAUCUGGAGGGGGCCCAAGAAGAACGGGCUUAUCAAGCAGUUCCUCACGGACGUUGAUUGGGGGCAGCUGGACUAUCUGGUGAUUGACACUCCGCCUGGCACAAGCGAUGAGCACAUGUCGGUCGUCAAGUACUUGGGAGGCUGCAUCGUGGACGGGGCUGUGGUGGUAACGACGCCUCAGGAAGUGGCGAUGGCGGACGUGCGGAAAGAGCUCAGCUUCUGCCGAAAAACCGGGCUGAACGUGUUGGGUGUGGUGGAAAACAUGAGCGGGUUGACGGUGCCCGUUUCUGAGCUGUUGUUCGUGGAUAGGGCAACGGGAGAGGAUAAGACGGAGUCUGCACGGGCGAUAUUGCGAGAGAAAGCACCGGAACUCCUCGAACUCAUGGCACAGACGACCGUGUUUACAUCUUUCGGCAAGGGCCCGCGUGGAAUGGCGGAGUCGUACGGAGUACCAUUCCUGGGAUCGAUCCCUAUGGACCCGAACCUUCUCAAGGCGUGCGAGGAGGGCGAGGCGUUCACGACGAUGUACGCAGAGUCCCCCGCGGCGAAACCAUUCGUGAAAAUCGUGGGCGCGGUUGUUGAUGCCACACCGGAUGCCUCCGACUAGUAUUGAACCCAAUCCAGCUGUUCGUCGUUGUCGUCGUCGUCGUCGUUGUUGUUGUCGUUGCUGUUGUUGUUACCUUCACACUAGAGACCGUCCCGAUCUCUGGUCCAUAUUUACAGUCCGUUUGAUUGGACGUCUUGCGUGGUCCUGGGGCAAAAUUAACCAACGAAUGAAGGGUAGGUUUUGGGCCAGCAGCGAGGGCGGGGGUGUAGCCAUGCGUUGCGCGGUCGUUUGGCCGUUGGCCUUGCGACCCGGUGGGACGGGGGUGGAACACACCGGGUCAUGCUCGUAUUGCACCAAGGUUGAAGCGUGGCGAAGUGUUCAGCAAGGCGCUAUGAGGGAUGAGGUUCACCCUACUCACGGGGAGAGGAUUGAUCGUGGCAAGGACGCUGUUGAAUGACUUGGCUCAAGUCAAGAGAUUGUGGGGUGUGGUCCUCGCUUUUGACUUUGAAUGUUGGGUGCGCGUUGUGGAGUGCGCGGGGGGCGUGUUUGGUGAGGGUAGUGGAACGGGCAGAAUGCAACGGACAUGGUGCACCAUCUCACCGAAGUGAACAGCGUACAACAGUGU